UUUGGCGCGAACUCCAGUGGCGGGAGACUGAGUGCCAUCGCCGAGCUGUCUGUCUGUGUGUGGCUGUUCUAAAGAGCGCGUCGCGAGCACAGUACCAUGUCGUCUCCAACAUCAACACCAAGUCGAAGACAAAGCAAACGUGGGAGGAGCAGCAAUCCCUCAACUCCCCGAAGUGAGGAUGUACAGUCUCCUCCGUCACAGAAACGGCGGACUGAGGACUCCACAUCGAUGGGAGAGCUGCUGCCAAUGCCGACAUCCCCAUCUGGUGACCUUCAGAGUCCCAGUGGACAGGAAUUGCUGUUUUCAAGCCCUGCACCAUCAAGGCAUUCUGCUCUUCCCAGUGAACUUGACAUGAGCUCCCCAUUGACGUAUGGAACACCUAGCUCAAGAGUUGAGGGCACACCGAGAAGUGGCAUUCGGGGAACUCCUGCUAGACAGAGACCUGAUCUCGGAUCAGCUCGGAAAGUGAAGCAGGUGGAUUUGCAAUCAGACCAGCCUGUUGAAGAAGAAUUAGUGACAAGUGAGCAAAACGUGGGACAGAAACUUGUGAUUUGGGGAACAGACGUUAAUGUUACUACAUGCAAAGAGAAAUUCCAGAGAUUCAUCCAGCGAUUUAUUGAUCCUAAUGCAAAAGAGGAGGAAAAUAUUGGCUUGGAUCUGAAUGAACCACUCUACAUGCAGAGACUGGAGGAGAUUAAUAUGAUAGGGGAGCCAUUCUUGAAUAUUGACUGUGACCAUCUGAGAACAUUUGACCAAGAUCUGUAUAGGCAACUGGUUUGCUAUGCACAGGAAGUUAUUCCAACCUUUGAUAUGGCUGCAAAUGAGAUUUUCUUUGAGCGCUACCCUGAUUCUAUCUUGGAACAUCAGAUUCAAGUCCGCCCAUUUAAUGCUGUAAAAACCAGGAAUAUGAGAUGCUUGAACCCUGAAGAUAUUGAUCAGCUGAUUACAAUUGGGGGUAUGGUUAUUCGAACAUCUCAAAUAAUUCCCGAAAUGCAGGAAGCAUUCUUUAAAUGCCAGGUGUGCGCAUUCUCUACCAGAGUGGAGAUUGACCGUGGUCGCAUUGCAGAACCAUCUGUCUGCAAACACUGUAACACUACACACAGUAUGGCUCUGAUUCACAACCGCUCUAUGUUUUCAGAUAAGCAGAUGAUUAAAUUGCAGGAGUCCCCCGAGGAUAUGCCAGCGGGUCAGACCCCUCACACAAUUGCCUUGUAUGGUCACAAUGACCUUGUGGACAAAGUGCAGCCCGGUGACAGAGUAAAUGUGACAGGGAUCUACAGAGCCGUUCCAAUGCGAGUGAACCCCAGGGUCAGUAAUGUAAAGUCUGUGUACAAGACUCACAUUGAUGUAAUUCAUUAUCGGAAGACUGAUUCAAAGCGCUUGCAUGGCAUUGACGCAGACACAGAGCAGAAGUUGUUCACUGAGCAGCGUGUGGAAUUUUUAAAGGAACUAGCUUCUAAACCAGAUGCAUAUGAAAGGCUUGCUGCUGCUAUAGCUCCAAGUAUUUAUGAACAUGAAGACAUCAAGAAGGGUAUUUUGCUGCAGCUGUUUGGAGGUACCCGAAAAGACUUCAGUCACACGGGACGAGGCAAUUUCCGCGCAGAAGUCAAUAUCCUUCUGUGUGGAGAUCCAGGCACAAGUAAAUCCCAGCUCCUCCAGUAUGUGUAUAAUCUAGUGCCCAGAGGACAAUAUACAUCAGGGAAAGGUUCCAGUGCUGUAGGUUUAACCGCUUAUAUCAUGAAGGACCCAGAAACCAGGCAGCUGGUUCUGCAAACUGGGGCAUUGGUUCUUAGCGACAAUGGUAUAUGCUGCAUUGAUGAGUUCGACAAAAUGAAUGAGAGUACCAGGUCUGUGCUGCAUGAAGUAAUGGAGCAGCAAACCCUCUCAAUUGCAAAGGCUGGAAUUAUCUGUCAGUUGAAUGCCCGUACUUCAGUCUUGGCUGCUGCAAAUCCAGUGGAGUCGCAGUGGAACCCAAAGAAAACCACUAUUGAAAAUAUCCAGCUUCCUCAUACAUUAUUGUCCAGAUUUGACUUGAUUUUUUUGAUGCUGGAUCCUCAAGAUGAAACGUACGAUCGCCGGUUAGCGCACCAUCUUGUAGCCUUAUACUACCAGAGUGAAGAACAGCUAAAAGAAGAGCACAUGGAUAUGGCUGUGUUGAAGGAUUACAUUGCGUAUGCUCGCACCUAUGUAAUUCCUCGACUUAGUGAGGAAGCGGGCCAAGCUCUCAUUGAGGCUUAUGUAGACAUGAGAAAAAUUGGAAGUGGUCGUGGAAUGGUCACUGCUUAUCCCAGACAACUGGAGUCUCUUAUCCGCUUAUCAGAAGCUCAUGCAAAAGUACGGUUUUCCCAGAAAGUUGAAACUAUUGAUGUGGAAGAGGCCAAACGACUUCACCGUGAGGCAUUAAAACAGUCUGCCACAGACCCAAGAACUGGAAUUGUGGAUAUCGCCAUUCUCACAACAGGAAUGAGUGCAACUGCACGUAAGCGAAAAGAGGAAUUGGCUCAAGCUCUGAAAAAGCUUAUUCAAUCUAAAGGCAAGACUCCUGCCUUAAAAUAUCAGCAGUUGUUUGAGGAUCUCCGUGGACAGUCUGAUGCAGCCGUUACCAAAGAUAUGUUUGAUGAAGCAUUGCAUGCUCUUGCGGAUGAAGAUUACCUGACAGUAACAGGGAAAACUGUCAGGUUGCUGUAGAAUGUGGAAUGGGAAAUCAAGCAAUAAUGUUUAUUGCUAUGUACGAUAAGAAGCAUGCAACGGCAACAAGUUGGAAUGGUCUACUUGUCAUAGUAGAUGCAUUUUUUGGAUAUAAUUUCCAUGGACCUAUUGUAAACUUUCAAUAAUAAACUGCAGUGUUGAGUUUAAAUGCUUUGCAAGAAUUCUUAUAUGUAACUGUUUUAGGCUACCAUGCAAAGUUGUCUUUUUUUUUUUCUGUAUGA